CAACAAUCUACUUUGUUGUUGUGUUUUAUAUACAUUUUUUGCUAAUAAUUACUACUGUUUAUUAUUUAUUAUCUGGAGAUAUGAGCACAAAUUUAUUGGCUUGAUUUGUCGAUAUACAAAACACUACAAAAAAAAUUGAAUUUCACUCCUAACGUUACUUGAUAUAUAGGUCUUAUCAUUACAGGCCUGAUCCAUUCUUCUUUUAUGCACCAAUAAAUAAAAAAAAAGAAUUGAAUUCCAAUACAACUAAUGGACGAAGGUAAUGAUCUCGAUGUUAAACCCACAAAUCUUCAGUGCAAUGUUUGUGGUGAAAGGGAAUUUUAUACGAAAGGUGGCUAUUAUUUUUGUCUAGAGUGUGGGACGAAAACAGAAGAGGCGAGACUUGUUGAGCGGGAACGCGAUGAAGGUCAAGAUGAUAUCAAACACGUUAGAAAGCAAAAAGUGCAUACUCUUAAAACGGAUAAAGUUCAUUUAACAUCGUGGGAAUGUUAUAAUUAUAUACUACGUGGCUUGGUUGACGAUUUAUUAUCUUAUGGAGUCAAAGAGGAAUUAAAACUUAUGUGCCUACAAAUUUGGGCCGCUUACCUUAGACACAUGCAAGUAGCGUUCUUCAGUAAAGACUCAGCUGAGUUACCUAAAUUAAGUGUGCGUUACUUAAAGAGCGAUGCUGAGACUAUUUACAAUCAUCGACGUGCCAAGAAACGAAAACGUAAAACAUCUGGCUCGAGCGUUGACACACACAAUAGCAGCAAUCAAUCCAGCAACAGAGAAUGGCGCAAAGCUAAACGCAAAUUAGAUGAUUCUAUAUAUUCCGAUAGCACUGCUGCUACCACUACAAUCAGUAAUUCGUCUUCAUCGGCUUCUACUUCUAUGCAACCAAUACGAUUAAACUAUAAUAACAGAGCACGCAAAAGUCUCAAGAAAUUCAUGCCUGCGAAGCAUAUACAGAAACAUGAGAAUGACACUGAAAAUUUGCUUACAUGUCAUAAGCAGCCCAAAGUCAGGGAUUUACAUCGCUUAGACUAUAUGGUUAGCGUGUUAAGCAUUAAACAAAUCUACGCUAUUAUCGGUAUUGCGUUAAACUUGAUCGAAGACGAUAUGCAACUCAGUGACUUUGUUCGUCAUAUACAAGAAGGUCACAUCAGUAUGAAAAAUGUUUUGCAAUAUUUCCCUGAAAAUAUAGCGCGUAAUGGUAUUGAGAUGUUAAAAAAAAUCGAUUUUUACAAAUAUCCCGAUAAGUAUACAGAUAAGAACUUAAGAGAACAUAUAGGCGUGCUUUGUAAAAAUAUUGGUAUUCGAAAAUUUAAAUGCCCCGACAUGAUCAAAUUGGUUGAGCGUUAUGUCGAGGAAUUGUGUUUGCCAGCCGAUGUGGCGAUUUUUGCUAUGCAUUUAAUUAAUUUGCUGCCACCACGUUUUGAAAUACGUGCUGCGGUUGGUUAUCCAAAUUAUGAAGCGAGAGCUAUGGCUUACAUAAUUUAUGUUUUGAAAUUAUUAUUCGGCCUGGAUGGCCACAAAGAACAGUUGAUAUCCCUAAAUACGAAAAAUAUGAAUAAAAAAAUUAAUCAUUUCAAUAGCAUUUACAAUGAAAAUGAAUCCCCACUGUUUGUUUGGAGUGACUGGGUGCAAUACAUUGAAAUGCGUAAAGUCCUAAUAUCGCAAUUCAAUUCUGAUUUUUGCAAACAAUAUAAACAAACACCAAGCACAGCCCAAUUUUUAGAACAAAUGCAUGAUGAGGUAAACCAACGCGAUGAGCAAACUGAGCUUUUAACCGAUGAUCUAAAUACUUCCGCCAUUAAGCAGCACUUGGACGUUUUCAAAGCGAUAUUCAAAGACUUUACGAAAAAAGAGGAAAAUUCGAAAAUGUCCCAACAUAUAAAAUUUUCGCCCAGUUUUACGCCGGCUUCUAGUUAUUUAAAAACUAUUCUGCUGCAUUUUAAAAGCAAUGCAAACUUAUUGGAAGAUCAACGCAUUGAGAUACCAGACUUUAUGCAAGUUGAUCACAAACGUUUCAACAUUAAAGCCUUUGUAGAGGUCAAGCCAUGCGUAGAAUAUUUUGCGAGUAAAGGGUACAAAAUGAAUGUUAUUGAAGUGCCUGUUACAACCAAUCGUACUUAUGUCGGAGUUUUUCGUCCGCCUCCGACAGCAUCGCGCGGAGUAGAGCAAUACUUGCGUGUCCAGCGUGCAGAUUUUAAUAUAGACGAGCAGAAAUGGAAAGAAAGGGUGACUAAUGAGGUGGUGCCUUCAACAGACGAUUUGGAAUUCAAAAAGGAAUUGGAAAGUUAUCAGCCUGGUUAUCUAAGACGUCGAGUAAAUGCGUCGAGAAGAAAUCAACUGAAAAAUAAAGAAUCAUUUAUCGAAUUUGAAGGGGAGGUUCCGUCCACGGAGCUUAAAUUGGAAAAUAAUGAUUUCAAUUCUGCGGCAUCGUAUGAAAUAUUAACUGAGGGUAAUAUGACACCUUUAGCCAGCAAGUUUGCUAAAGUCUUAUCUAAGCCUCGCCGCCAUUUAGGCAAAUUGAAUAUCCUGCAAAAUUUAAAUGACGAAGAGAAUCUUAUUAACGAGAGACCUUUCGACGAAAUUAAGUUGGACAUAAUAAAACAGGAAUUGGAAGAGAAAUCUUUAAAUUUUCUAAUAUCUAAUAUGGAUUGUUGGUUACUUAUGGGUCAUAUAUUAAUGUUGACUAAAACUCAGAAGCAACAAUUGCGAGAUAAAUUUCCUCGUUCGUUUUGCUGGCUAUUGGAAACUUGUGCGGAAACUCUGGGUGUAGACUGGUCUAUUAUCUAUCAGCAAUUGUUAGUUAUUGAGUUAAUGUUUGGUGAAGGCAUUGAGAGUUUAAACAAUUUUGAUGGUUGCAUCCAGUACAAAUACAAUAAUCCCAUUAAAGAUUUUAAUACUUUAAUUAAUACUUACCGCGAAAUAUGGUAGAAACGCAUCCAUACGAUUUUAGAUGAAUAAAAAUAUUAAAAGCAAAAACUUUUACCCAAUUAAUAGAAACAAAAA